CUUGUUUACAGACGUUGGAUACAGAGGAUAAAAUGCUCUGACUUAUUAACAAAGAGGGUUAGCGCUUCCUAACGUUAGCACACUUAUAUUUAAUUUAGGCUCCGUGUCGCUGAUCAAACUGAAGGCGUUUUAAACGGACUUAAUGUCGCUAAAACAGCAGCUCUGCGACUGACAGGAGGUGUUUUUGCACCGUCACUGACAGACAGACAGACAGACAGGACCGUGCUCCUGCUCAAAUCACAGAGGACUGUAAAUUGGGCCUGCAGGAGAAUUCCUGAAUCCAGCCGAAUGAACAGAGCGGCUGCAAAGCAUCUAAUUGAGCGCUACUUUCGGCAGUUAACGGAAGGCUGUGGAAAUGGCGACUGCACGAAUGAGUUUUGCGCAUCAUGUAGUAAUUUUCAAGCUUUGGAUAACAAUUCAGCAGCUGCCAAAGCGCUUGAGCUGUUUAAGAUUAAUGCCAAACUCUGCAAUCCUCACCCGUCCAAGAGAGACUCUGACACCCCACAUUCAGACUCCAGUGCCAACGAAAACGCUCAUCUGGACAGUAAGAUGAGCGACUUGGACCUCUUUCCCCACAAGGAGGACUUCUCAGAUGUUCAUUACCUCACAGAGAACACUGUAUGUAUGAUCCUGAGUUUCUGCGAGGAGGAAGGAGACUACUCUGCUCUCAUUCGCAUCAUCGGGAGGAUUUUCUCUAACGCAGAGGCCUUGAUGAAGAGCUUCAGGAAGGAUGAACCCAACACCACCGAAAACCUUGACUCUUUUAAACCUACAGAUGUGGACAAGAGUGAGAAGCAGAGCGAGCAAACCUCUGAGACGAUGGGAGCUUCCUCUGCAGCUGCUUUACCGGACGAGGGUCCAAAUGAAAUGUUGGGCCCUUGUGAGGUCACAGUGGACGUCUCCGCCGUGAGGAGGGUCUACGACAGACUUCUAAACAUCGACCAGGUGGAGGCAGCUCUUGUUAACGCACUCAUUUACCUCACUCCAAAUGUGGAACUGGACCUGGAAUACCUUGACGUGUAUGAAACAAACCCAGAUUACCUGAAUAUCUUCAUCAUAGUGAUGGAGAACAGUAACCUCCACAGCCCAGAGUACCUGGAAGUGGCGCUGCCACAGUUCUGCAAGGCGAUGAGCAAACUGCCGGUGACUGCGCUCGCCAGGCUGUCAAAGUUCUGGUCCACGUACAGUCUCCCACACAUCCGCCGCAUGAUGGAGACCUUCCAGCAGCUCAUCACUUUCACAGUCGUCAGCAACGAGUAUGACGGCGAAAACCUGGUAAAUGAUGACGAGACGGUGGUGGCUGCGACCCAGUGUUUAAAAGUUGUCUUCUACGCAAGCAUCCAGGGGGGUGAUGUGGAUGUGGAGCACAACGAGGAAGAGGAGGAAGAGUCCGAGUCCGAUGAGGUCACCCUGCAUGAGCUGCUAGGUGAGGAGCGGCUCUACAAGAAGGGUCCCCGGGUCGAUCCUCUGGAGAAAGAACUGGGCGUCAGACCUGUAGAUAGCAUAAAACCGCUCAUCCCCUUUGAGGAUUUUAUUAAUGAUUCACUGAACGAAGUGGUGGAGAUGGACAAAGACUUCACCUUCUUCAAGGUCGAUGCCGAAACCAAGUUUUCUUUCCAGACCUGCCCCUUCAUCCUCAAUGUCAUCACCAAGAACCAAGGACUGUACUACGACAACAGGAUCAGGAUGUACAGCGAGCGGCGCCUGACGGCCCUCUACAGCAUGGUCCAGGGCGAGGAGCCCAACCCCUAUCUCAAGCUCAAAGUACGCCGCGAUCACAUCAUCGACGAUGCCCUCGUUAGACUGGAGAUGAUCUCCAUGGAGAACCCGUCCGACCUGAAGAAGCAGCUGUUUGUGGAGUUUGAGGGGGAGCAAGGUGUAGACGAGGGAGGCGUUUCAAAGGAGUUCUUUCAGCUGGUCUUGGAGGAAAUUUUCAAUCCCGACAUAGGAAUGUUCACCUACGACGACGAGACGAAGCUUUUUUGGUUUAACUCGUCCUCACUGGAGAAUGAAGCGCAGUACACUCUCGUUGGACUCGUCCUGGGACUCGCCAUUUACAACAACUGCAUCCUGGACGUACAUUUCCCAAUGGUGGUCUACAGGAAACUCAUGGGCAAGAAAGGGACCUACCUGGACCUGUCAGACUCACAUCCACUUCUCUACCAGAGUCUGAAGGAGUUGCUUGAAUAUAGCGGCAAUGUGGAGGAAGACAUGAUGCUCACCUUCCAGAUAUCACACACUGACCUUUUUGGAAGCCCGGUCUUACAUGACUUAAAGGAGCAGGGAGACCAGAUCCCUGUUACGAAGGAGAAUAGACAGGAGUUUGUGGACCUGUACACUGAGUACAUACUGAACAAGAGCGUGGAGAGACAAUUCAAAGCCUUCAAAAAAGGCUUCCUCAUGGUCACCAAUGAGUCCCCACUGAAGUAUUUGUUCAGACCGGAGGAAGUAGAGCUGCUUAUCUGUGGAAGCAGGAAACUUGACUUUGAAGCACUUGAAAAGACAACAGAGUACGAUGGAGGUUAUAGCAAAGACAGUCAAAUCAUCAGAGACUUCUGGGAAACGAUUAACUCGUUUGGCGAGGAGCAGAAGAGGUUGUUUCUUCAGUUUACCACGGGCACGGACCGAGCGCCAGUCGGCGGGCUCGGCAAAUUAAAGAUGAUCAUCGCCAAGAACGGCUCCGACACAGACCGGUUACCGACCUCUCACACCUGCUUCAAUGCACUGCUGCUCCCAGAAUACUCCACCAAGGAAAAACUGAGAGAAAGACUCCUGAAGGCCAUCACUUAUGCCAAAGGAUUUGGGAUGCUGUGACAGAUCCACAAACAAGGUUUUCUGACGGCAUUUUAACACAAAAAAAGGGCGUAUCCACAAAAAAAUGCUGCAAUAACCCCGUGCCUAACCGACCGUUACCAGUCACACUCCACUGUCGGCCUUUCAACUUCCACCGCACAUUAGGUUUCCCAAAGAGUCUAACGCGACACUUUCAUUAUUUAUUUUUUCUCGUGUGCUUUUGUUUCCUGCCAAACAUGAACAAUAUUUGAUUUGUGAAACUGUGAAAGUGCACUUACACACAGGAUUUUAGUGAAUGCCAACACAUACAGUAUAUUUAUUUGUUGACUUAGUGAAUACAUGUUUUUCAGUUCUUGACGGUGUAGCAGUGUUCAGUCUUCAGGCUCUCCUCCCUCUCCUGAGUGGACUGAGCAUUAUGGUGCUACUUGGUUACAAAUGUCAUUGUAGUAUUUUAUAUUACUGCUAACCCAAAUAGCCUCACUGACAAGCUUAUAUUUAAAGUAUUUCCUGUCAGUGUGGGAGCAAACCCACCAGUAACAUAAAGGUUAUUUUAAACUCUUUCUGUCUUGUGCCUGUUGUAAUACAUAGAAAUGAAUACUGUGUGUAGUGAGCCAGUAAACCUGACCAGAUGGAGUGGUUUCGAUAGCUUGCAGGGUUUUAAAAUGUACUUACUGACUGGUCAGGUCAGACUUUCACAUCCUGAAUGAAGUGUUUCUCUACCCUUGGUUUGUUUGCUGUUAAGCGUUUCUGAUUGCACAUUUGUAUGUGCAGUUUCCAAAUGUGCAAUGCCUGCGAGUCACAUGACAUGUUUUAUUUGGCCAAAUAUCUCAGGUACAUAAAGAAUGUGCAGAUAAUGUGAAACUAAUGUAAAGCAACUCUUAUGCAAAGUAAAUAAAGGUUAAAAAAGCCA